UCUCAUGUUGCGUAUCUUCUGUUUUAUGUUUUUAAUCAAUUUGUUAACCUUCGAAUGUUGAGCAAUCCGAUUUCUAUAGUAACACUGUUUGCGUCGCAUCAACUUCUGCACAUUUAAAUAAUAUCACAAGAAACUACGUACGAACGAAAAUUAUUUUACAUAACCUGUUAUACCGUUAAACGAUACAUGCUUAAAUUUUUAUACAUAAAAAAUGUUCACUUAUAUUCGAAGCGCAAUAGACCGAUCUUUGAAUGAGAGAGACACUACACGACUUAUUGUCACUUGCUAAGAAGAAGAAAGGAAAAACUCAAGAUGAUUCUCAGUCUAACGAAGACACAGGAACCGCUAAAAAAGACAAACAUGAUUCAGAUACAUCAGAUUCGGACGAUGAUUGGGGUGCAAAAGCUGGUAAAAGUAAGAAAAAAAAAGUGCCAACUAAACGAAAUAAAAGAAAGAUGACAAAGUCCAGUAGUGAAGAAAGUGCUAGCGAGAAGGAACCUGAAAAAAUUUCUGAACCCGAAGAAGGUGAGGUUUCAGACUCGGAUGCUAGUGUUUCUGAUUCCAGUCAAGAGGAAUUUAAUGACGGCUAUGAUGACAAGUUGAUGGGUGAUGCCGAAGACCAAGCAAGGCUUGCACAAAUGACAGAAAAAGAAAGGGAACAGGAAAUUUUUAAACGUAUUGAACAACGCGAAAUUAUGAAAACGAGAUUUGAAAUUGAAAAAAAAUUGAGAAUGGCGAAGAAACAGGAAUUAAAGAAGCAGAAAGAAUCGCGGAAGAAAGAGAAGAAUGCUGAAGAGAGAAAGGUUGAUAGAGCACCGGAUCCUAAAGAGAGAAGUAAAGAUCGCAAGAAAACUAUAGAAGAGAAGCAAGAUAAAAAGUUCCAUGCAAUGUCUCUUCUCAAACAAAGAAGAGAAGAGAAGAAAGAAAGAGAGGAAAAGGAGAAACAAAGGAUAGAACAACAGCAACAGCAAUCAAAGGAUAUUGAAGAGGAAGAAUUGGAAGAUGAUCACAAGGGAGGUGCAAAUAAAACAAAGCUCAAGGCGUCUGAUAUUUAUUCUGACGAUAGCGGUUCGUCGGAUAGCGGCGAAGACGAAGAAACUGCUAAGCCGUCGUCACAUCGUAGAUCGUCUUCGAGCGAUAGUAGGGAUUCCGAUUCUGAUACCGAUAAAAAAUCUGUUACUAGUACUAAGGCCAAACCGAAGAAACCGAUAUACGUCGGUACCAAGGAAGAUCUCAAUAAAAUUAGAUUAUCUCGUCAUAAAAUGGAGAGAUUUGUACAUUUACCUUUCUUCGAUAGAGUAGUACAAGGUUGUUUUGUUAGAAUUGGUAUUGGGAAUAACAAUGGGAAACCUGUCUAUAGAGUAGCUGAAAUUAGUGGUGUUUGCGAAACGGGAAAAAUUUACCAACUUGGUGGUACAAGAACAAAUAAAGGAUUAAAACUAAGGCACGGAAUUCAGGAACGUGUGUUCAGAUUAGAAUUUGUAUCAAAUCAAGAGUUUACUGACUCUGAAUUUUUCAAAUGGAAAGAAACUUGUGCUUUGCAAGGGAUAUCCAUGCCUACGUUUGAAGAAGUUGAACAGAAACUGAAAGAUAUUAAAGAAGCUUUGGUAUAUGAAUUCAAAGAAGAAGAUAUAGAGAAAAUAGUACGAGAAAAAGAAAGAUUUAAACAAAAUCCAUACAAUUACGCGAUGAAAAAGGCACAGCUUAUGCGUGAAAGGGACGCAGCUAAUUGUAGGGGUGACGACGAAACUGCUUCGCGGCUUAAUCUAGAAUUGGGCGAGCUCGAAGAGCGUGCUUCUGAACUUGAUAAAAUGCGUACUGCAACAAUAUCUAGUAUAUCUUAUAUUAAUGACCGUAACAGAAAGAAGAACGUUGAAGAAGCUGAGAAAGCUAUUAUGGAAGAGAUUAAAGCUAAUAAAGGUAAAAAGGUCGAUGACCCAUUUACCAGACGAAGUACAAAACCAAGAAUGGUUUAUAAGCCAGAUGAUGAAGAGGUAUCAUCUACUGUUCCAGUAAAUGAUAAAUCAGCUCUUCAACAAACUGAAACAGUAACAGUAAAUAGUGAGAAAGAAAAUGGACAAGAAACAAAGAAAAAACAAAGUACCGAAGAUCUAUUUAAUGCUCAUGAUUUUGACAUUACAAUAGAUUUGGAAGUACCGAUUCCAAAUAAUCCUGUUAGUGUAUUACCGAAGCCUAUUAGUAAUAUUAAAGAUACAGGACCUCGGCGAUCUCUGAACUUAGAAGAUUAUAAGAAAAAACGGGGACUCAUCUAACGUUCUGUUAGGUUUAGAAAUCAGAAAACUAUUUCAAGGCUAAGUUGUAAACAUUAUCGUGUAGUUAUCCAAACGUGCAUACCUUAGUCUUUGAUUGAUCUGUUUAAUUGUAAAAACAAGAACAAAAUCUUGUAACAGUUGACUGAGAAACUAGCUUGUGUAUAGUUCUCAUAUAACAUUAAUACUUCUGUUAUAAGUAAUAAUUCCUUUGUUUAGAAAGGAUAAUAGGUGGUUCCUACCAUAUAGUUAUAUUUGCAAGAUCAUAGUUAGUGCAUUCUAUUUGAAGGGAUGCAAUUUCAAUGUUGUUAAAACAUUUUUAUUUUUUGAAGAAUACUGUUAAGGAGUACUUAAAAAAAGUAUUACGAUUUGAAUUAUUUAAGAACUAUGUAAUUGCAUUUGUUUUCCUCUUUCAGUAUAUGACUUUUCUAUCUUUUAUCGGGAGUGUAGAUUAUUAAUUUUUCAUUUUUCAUGAUAAAAGCAAUAAAUUAGAAAUGAAAAACUAUUUAUUUCUUGAUAGAAACGAGUAUUGAACUGACAACAGAAAUCGGUAUUAAUUUCGAAUAUAUUAAUCAUGAUUUAAAUUUAUUAAUAUGCGACACUUUUUUUAUGUUAUGUAUGACAAAAUAAACAAACUAUACAAUAGCUAAUUGCUUGGUAUCAGAUACAUCAUAAGGUAACCAUAUUUCUCAAUAUUUUUGUAUAAUUCUGUAGCAUCUUACAAGUAUUAUAUACUCUGCAAAUUACUGCCAAUAUGAUUUGGCCACAGACGCUUCAAAAUAUGUUUUACAACAAAAAUUUGUA